CGUGACAUCCCAGAGCGGACACUUCGAAGGGAUAACCAACUAAGAGGGCGUCACCUUCAACAAUUAUCCCCACACACCGUAGCCUCACGUCGAGGGAACCUAGCGAAUCAGUGCUCACCCAGAUGUCUACAGAAAGCGAAUUAAACAAAGUGCAGAAUUCAAGCAGCGGGAUAACCUCACAAUUCAUCCUCGCAACAAAACCCGAAUGAAAAAUUGCCAAACAUCCUUGAACAAUGGCAACUCUCGAAGCUAAAGUCAUAAGUGAUUUCUACAAGUACCGUACUGAUUACGACGGUUACACCGUUUACUUCGAAAAUACCAAGCAUUACACGAAGAAGGAGGUGCGCAGAAUCUUCACAAAGUAUGGGGCUGUGAGGAAAGUUGCUCAAAGUGAAGUAUACCUCUGCAGUCACUGUUUUGUGGCAUUCGUCUACGAGGAAGAUGCGAGAAAAUGCAUCGAGGCGAUGAACAAUACUGGAGAUAUUCAGCUCUUGACGAUCACCCGUGGAAGAAUACGACCCCCUCAUCUGUUGGACAAACAUCGAGGAAGACCAGCGAAUAAUCCUAAUGCUAUUCCGGUUGGGAUGAAGAUUGUGAAGAAGGAUGGUGAUAACUGUAGAGGGAAGAGGAGGCCAAUUAAUGGACAAAGCGAUCCCAAAGUGAACCCUAAAGUCGGCAAAAACGCUGAUAAAACCAGUGAUGAGACCUCCACUGGACAUAUAAGGCCUCUGGAGACCAUUACGAGAGAAGACAUUCGUCUUGAGGGAAAUCUCGACUGCAAUGCCAAUAUUAUGGACAAAUUCGUUCAGGUAUCUUCAGAAUUCUCCGACCUUCGGCAGGAGCUGCGCAAAGAAGUGAUCAUUUUCUUGAAGCAGCUCUUAGGGGACCUUCCCCAGGUAAUUCAGAAAGUGACGACGGCUAAUUCCCCUGGGCAACUCGGGAAAUCAUUUUAUGUUCCUCUGAAGUCUCGAAUCCCCUGGAGAAUGAUCCGCAGUGUUAGGGUUGAAGAGGUACAGGCGUUUCCGGUUGUCAUUGCAAAUAUUCACGAGAUAUGCAAUGUAGAGUUCAUAAUGGAGCUGUUAGGGAUGUAUGAACCAAUGUUCGGGUCGAAGAUGAAGACUAUUCCGGGGACUUUGCUGCGGUACUGCUGGGUCUAUUUCAAAAGUACAAAGACUGCGGAGGCAGUGGAGAGGGGUUUCGAUAAUGGAAAAAUCUGUGGAAAUUGUCUUGUGGUAAGGAGAGUGUGGGUGUUGGGAGAGGAUUGAUUCAGAGGGAAGGGGUCUGAAUUUUUGGGGUUCAUGAGGGCAGGAGGGAUUUGUGAGAAAUUUUGGCAGCUAGACAGAAGGUCUUCCGAUGAUACGGAGGAGAAGGGCUCAUUUGCAAGGUGAUUGCCUGAUCAGUGCCCUCACUGAUGUAAUGUGGAUUUUUCGCGAUUUUUAGGGAGUUUUUGUCAGCUAGAGACAGGUCUUUUCCUCAUUCCUGCUAUCAUUGCUCUUUUGAGAUGGAAUAGCAUACAUAUGUAUUCACUCAUGUCAAAGAUAAUUUUUAAAUUACCACAAAAUUUUUUAAAAUUGAGAAAAGUUUUAUAAGAAAAUCGCUAUUGAUGAUCUGUGAAAAGAAUACUCGUUAGUCGGAUUACUGCGUGGCUAUGAAGUUGUAACAUGGCGCCUCUAGUAAUUUCGUAUAUCUUUGGUGAAUGAGGAUUUUAGAGAAAAGAGGUAAAAAUCAUUAUUAGUGAGAAAUAUCGACUACUAUAUGAGAAAUAUCUUGGUAAUUCCUUAGAAAUCAAUGAUUAGAGAGCUAAUUGCUUAAUUUCAAAUAUGGAAAAUGAAAUAUUUGAUAAUUAGACAUUCACUUAAGAAUCAGCUCCUUGAGGGUGAAAUGGCACAAGACCUUUCUCUGUAGCCACGAAAAUUCUCUGAAAAAAAUUUCAUCUAUGUAUGAAACUACCCAUUAGCCAAAUAAUAGCAUAAUCACGUUCUAUUAGUCCUCUGUUGAGUUGAGGGUGUGUAAUAACACACCUUUCACAUAUUGUUUUACUUUGGUUUUCACGAGAUUUGUUUGUCUGUUUUGAGUUUUAUUUUUUCAUGAAUUCAGAAUUUAUUUUUUCAAAUAGAUUGUCAUUGUAAUGGUUGACAGGUACGUUCGGGAUCUGAAUUAUUGGGGAAGAAUUAGCUUAAUUCAACGAUUUGGCUCUAUUAUAAUUAUUGAAAAUGUCCCAUUUCCGGUAUCUUAUACAUAAUAAAAAAGUGAAGAAAAAAUGAAAUGAAUCAGCAUCAUUGAUAUAGAAGUCAUCAUGGCACGAGUAUUUCAUUGUUUGUAAUCCAUGAAUACUUAUCAAAUCCACGGCUUGGUGAAUAGCACAUGAAAUCCACGAGUGAAAAAAAGUCGUUUGGAAGCUGAUAGGAAGAUGUCUAGUAUUUUAAACAGUAUGGACUUGAUGAUUAAGUUAUCUUUUCGUACGUUUGAUAUGAUAAAUAUUUUUAUUUUAACAAUUUAUAAUGGAAAUGAUUGUCGCAUAACUGGAUGAAAUUUGAAGAGUGUAUCGUAUCGGUUAUUGUUCUGCUAUAGGAUGAGUAAACAAAAAAAAUUGGGUUGAAAUUAUACUUUUACGUUUGAUAUAAUUAUAAAGAUAUUCUUCCGUUAUUUUUUUACAUAAGAAAAGCGUUGUA